AUGGUGCUCGGUGCUUACGUCGUGGCUGACUGGCCAGAGCACGUAGACCGAGGAAAACUGGGAUCCAAGCCUUUCUCAAUCAGAAGGGUUAUUCCAGGAGAUGAGAGCACCGUCAUGUUUCCUGGUGACUCCGUUAUUACAGUGCAGCUGACUGAGGAAGAUAAAGUUGAAGAUGAUGUAGUUUUUUACUUGGUCUUCACUGGGUCAACUGUCCAACACUGCACAAGCACGAGAAAGAUUAAUCCUGGGAGUCUGGAGACAAUUUCUCCUGGCCAUGACUGCUGUGAAACAGUGAAGGUGGCACUCUGUGCCUCUAGAGAAGGUCAUCCUGUUCUGGUUGUGGCAGAAGAGAGUUUCCAGUUUGUCCAGGAUGAAGCCUACGACGCCGCCCAGUUUCUGGCCACCUGCGCUGGCAACCAGCAGGCACUGAACUUCACCCGGUUCUUGGACCGGUCGAGACCACCCGCUGCCGAUGUGGACUUUUUGGAUGAGAAAGUGGCUCUGGCGUUUCGACACCUGAAACUACCAGCAGAAUGGAACGUGCUGGGAGCGGACCAGUCCCUGACCGAGAACAUCCCUCGGGAAACACUGAUGCAUUUUGCGGUGAGGCUGGGUCUGCUGCGGCUGACAUGGUUUCUCCUCCAGCAGCCUGGUGGAAGAGGAGCUCUCAGCAUCCACAACACCGAAGGGGCAACGCCAGUGAGCUUGGCCUUGGAGAGGGGCUACCAGAAGCUGCACCAGCUUUUGACAGAAGAGGAAGCCAAGGAACCGGACUCCUGGAGCACCUUGUCCCACACGGUGCACUCGGGGGACUACAGUGUGAAGCACCACCGCGGCCUCGACGUUUACAUGCUGACAGCUGAAGCCAAGGAAGGGGUAGCCGCCAGCUUGGAGAGUGACAUACAGCACCUUCGGAUGCACAUGCAGAGCCACCAGCACACGAGUUUAAGGCAGCAGACACAGCCCGUACUGGGAGAUUCUGGAGACAGCUGUGCUAAAGGAGUGGAGCCAGAUGGUCACCCAGCCACUAAUUCUCAGAGCCCAGAAGAAAUGGCAAGAGAAGGAAGGCAGGAAAGUCCAUCUGAUCUCGUUCGCCUGGACAUCGGGCAGCUCUCAGACCAAACCCACCAGGAGGACAAAUGCAGCAGCGGGAGUUUGGGAGCUUUUAAUGAUGCACCGAAUGACUUGCUGAGCCUGGGGGGUGCAAAGAGUUCAGAGUGCUUCUGUGAAAGUAAAAAUACAGUGACGUUGAGUAAAAAGGAAGAGGAGGGGCCAACCUCUGCUCGAGGCUCUGGGACUAUAUCAGAUGAGAAGGACCGCACAGUGAGCCCGUGUGCAAGCGUAAACGGUGCCGUAAAUCUUCCAUCCUGCGGAAAUACAAAUGAGGAAGCUGGAAUGACAUCUGCUGGCGUUGGUUUGGACCAAGCCGGCUUGUGCAGUAAAGAUAGCCUCCAUCAGGAGGUGCAGGCUGCCGAGGAGAGUGCGGCUGACAGUGCUGUUACUGGGGGUGAAACUGCAGGCGAAGCCCCGGCUUCCUUGGAGGGCGCGGAUGUGGCUAUGGGCCAAACCGAAUGCAGGAACUGUACGGGGGCGGCUGAGAGAGCUGCGGGCCGGCAGCAGGUAGAGGAUGGGAUGGCUGAGGCCGGUGAAAGGAGGACUACAAACCUAGAAGAGCAAUCGCCAGCUAAGGAAGAGUCAGCCGGUGCUGCUCAGCCCUUACUCAGUGGGGUUAAUGGCACUGAGUGUGUGGAUGGGGAGGAUGCAAAUGUGGGAUUGGUACUGGCAUGUGAUGGUAUGACAUCUGUUGACCUUUGCAAGACUGGUGAUAACAAAGAGACUGGAGUGGACUCGUGCACUGAUGAGGUAAACAGUGGCUUCUUGGAAAGCCAAGGUGAUGCUCACGUCUCAGUGAAGCGGGAAGUCACUGCGAGCGCCGGGGCGGUGUUGCCAGCAAUGAAUGGAGUGAAGGUUCCUGCGGGUGCAUCAAAACCUGGUCCUGGUUUGGAAAUCCACGGCAGCGGGGAGCGAGAAGGGCAGGUGGAAGCAGGUUGCACAGACGGGAAAUCCAGCUCGGAAGACAGUGUGGAAGCUGAUGGCCCUGAUGCUAAACCUGAAAACGAUGAUGUUGGUGGAUCUAAUCAAAGCAGUGCAGAACCUGCGUGUUGCCAGGAGAGCGGUAAGGUCGCUGAACGUGUGGCUGAAGCAAUAGAGGGCCGCGAAGCCCCAGAAGGGGAGACAGUAGGAACUGAUACCAGCAGCAGCGGAGAUGGGGGAAGUGCAGAUUCUGCAGAUGGAGCUCAGGAAGUUGCUAGCUGCUGCCCUUCUGCUGAUCAAACUGUCGUUAACGAUGAAAUGGGUGACGGCUUAAAACCGGACGCUGCUCAAGAGAGCAAAAGUGAGCCUGCAUCGCUCCCUCCGGAGGAGGCGAGCACAUGCCCGGCGGAAAAAGAACCUGCACAAAGCAAAGCAGAGAGAGCAGAGAGCGCUUCGGAGCAGGAGGGGCUGAGCGGGGAGAUGAAACCCCUCGCCCCCCUACCCGGAGGAGGAGGACCGGCUGCGAGUCCGGAGGGAGAUGCUGCAGUGGCACCUCCAGGGCUGGAGGCAGCUCUGCAAGGUAACGACCCUGGAUCGGCUCCGUGUGCCAAGGGCGCAGACUGCGCGGAGGAUAAUUUAAUAGGCACACCCUCUGUAAUUCAUAAUGAACCUAAACAAAACCAGGAAGCGGCGGCGGCGGCAGGCUCGGCAGAGCUCGCCCGGCAGCGCGGCGGGGAGCAUGGCAGGGUAGCUGCCAGGGCCGGCUGGCCUGGGGACCAUGCGGGGGACGAGGGCUCUCCGGAGCAGAGGCUUUCGCAGCAGGGUGAAGGAGGCAAAGCUGAGCCUGACGGGGAGGCUUGUGCAAGUGGCCAGGAGCAGGUUUUGUCGGAGGAACUUCUUGCCUCUGUUGUGAAACCCCCGGCCUGCGCCCAGGGGGGGCCCGCGGCAGGCGGCAGCGGUGCGGAUGGUGGGCUGGAAGGGACGGUGGCCGCCGAAGAAGCAUGUGAGACCAGGGCAGCGGGGGCAGGAGAAGGCGCCAUGCACGGACCCCUGUCGGCAGGCGAGUCACCGGGUGCGGAGAGCAACCCUCGUCCCGAUGCAGGGCUGAACCGAGAACCUGAUCCCAGUCAAACCCAACAGCGAACCUCCCCGCACAGCAGCACCCCUGAGUUAAAGGAUGCUUCAGAAGCGGGAGCCCCGAGCGAUGCCUGUGAGGGUAAGGAAGCAUUAAGGCCGGUGGCAAUAACCCCCGUUGCAGCGUAUCCGGCAGAGCAGGAGGAUAUGGAAAGCAUGCUUCCCCGGGCAGCGCUUCAGCCCAUCGCGGAAGAGCCCAUGUGCGACAGCGACUCCAGCACCGACACCGUUUGUCCGGCUGGCGAGAGCGACGCUGGUCCCGCUGCAAAAGCAGCUCAGGGGGAGGUCUUGGCUGAGCCCGAUGGAAAGCAAAGCCAAGCUGUACCCGAAUCGCCCUUCUCGCCGUGUUCGUGCCGUUUACAUGCUGUUGAGUCACUGGAAAAUGUGGGAGUAAAGAGUUUGGUUUCGGCAGAUGAUGGCUCCUCUCUGGAUAAAGUUCCUAAAAUGGUAAAAAGUUUUGAUGCGGUGGUUUUUGCAGCAGAGACACCUUAUUCCCCUGAAUUACCAUCCGCAGAAAAAGUGGGGCUUGAGCCCCAGGCUGCAGUGGAUGUAGGAGCCAGCAUGAAUGGAGAAAUGGAUUUCAGUUCCUCCACAAAGAAGAGGAACGUCAGCCCGGCAGUGCAACGAGCUGAGCCUGUUACAGGGAAGUUGGAAAUGAAAACUGAAGACGAGGUGGAUUUUCGGAAAGAUCGCAACGAGAGCACAGCCCGUGAGGAAGCGAGAUGCUGUUGCGUGCACCCGGUCAGGUAUUUAGCAGUCUUACCGGUGCUGUCAGCAACUUUGGACCUUGGGAACGGCAUUAACUCCUGGUUUACGGGAUGGAUAAGGUUGCGCCGCUGGGUUCAUCCGACGGCUUCGGUUGUCUAA